AUGGCCAAGCACAAGUACAACCUAGAUGUUGAUGAUAUCUAUGUCUACGAGGUCGAGUUCGUCGGAGAAAAUGACCGGUGUCUGCGGGAUUGCGCAAUGAGUGGCUCCAAUGGCACGCCUGAAGAAGAUAGCGACAUCGAUACAGAAAACGACGCGGAUGCUGAAGGGGGAGACAGCGAGGAUGAAACCUCGUCCAUGCAUGACAGCACUAGUUCCCAAGACUCGGGGAAAUCAACACUCUCUGAUGCUGUCUCGUUUUUAGAUCCCAUGGAUGGAGACACGGGAAUCUCCUCGACUUCAGACUGCCUUGACUGGGCGGGUUUUGACAGGCAGAGGGACUGUUCUUCCCCUUCCUCCGAAGUGAUCUGGUCAGAUACCCCCACUAUAGAGACUCCACCAUGGGACUCGCUCAACCUGGCCUCCUCAAGUUCUUCAGAUGAAACCGGAUCCGUCUUCAGCGACGACACUAUUAUCAGCAGUUGGACGACCCGUGGUGAAGAUGGAUCUGCCGAUGAGGACGACUCUCGAAUUUGUCCCCGACGAUGUCUCGACCUCGAGGACAUGGAAGACUGGAGCAUUGAUGGAUGCGGAAACCUGUGGCCAAUGAUAUUUUGA